GAUUCUUCCGCAAACGAUGUCAGACCUAAUAGUCUUAAACUACAAGAGAGUCAUAACAGAGUUCUUAAAGUGGAAGUACUGUCGAGUCAAUCAAAAGUGUCUGUUAUUGUGGACGGAGCGACAAUAUUAGACGAUUCCGAUGAGAACAAAGGCCGUGGUAUUCAUGUGCUUGUAUUGCAUCAGUCGACCGGUUCAGUGAUGGCUCAGCGCUUGUUCGACACGUAUUCGCCACACGAAGACGAGGCCAUGUCUUUGUUCCUAUCGAUGAUAACUGACGGCCGGAUCAUAAUUAUGUGCAUCAAAGACGAGGGAACCUUUCAAAUGAAACAACAGACUCGCGAUGUGCUCAAGAGAUUGGGUUCGUUGCGAUCGCAACAGAUUGGUUGGCGAGACAUGUGGGCAAUGGUCGCCCAAAAGGGGGGCAAAAUGUUGGCCGAGAGUUACAACCGGUCGCCGGAGUUCAACAGUUGGGGCGCACCUGUGAUGCUCAGAGUGGAGAUCGGCUUGAGUUCGGCCCAAGAGAGUGAAUGUCAGGCUUGGGGUGAGGGCGAGGACAGUGAGCGGCGCAAAAACUUUUGCUCCCAUAUCGAGGGCUACGGCAGUGUCUGCAGCUGUUCAGAGCCGGCGCCGCUCACACUCACCGGUCGUGUCAAUCAUUCAGAUCCCGUGGCAGCGGUUCCCGUCGCUAUCGUCGCUUCCAAUCGACCCCAUUAUUUGUACCGUAUGUUGAGGUCGUUGUUAUCUUCCGGCGGAUGUAAUCCAUCGAUGAUCACUGUCUUCAUUGACGGCUACUUUGAGGAGCCGUUAGAAGUGACAAAACUGUUUGGUUUGCGAGGCAUUCAACACACGCCUAUAGGUGUGGGUAACGCGCGAAUCAGUCAACACUAUAAGGCCAGUCUCACCGCGACAUUCAAUUUGUUUCCCGACUCUAAAUAUGCCAUUAUAUUGGAAGAGGAUUUAGACGUUUCGCCAGAUUUUUUCAAAUAUUUUUCACAAACAAUGAGACUAUUAGAUGAAGACGAGAGCAUCUACUGUAUCAGCGCGUGGAAUGAUCAGGGAUAUGAACACACCAGCGCUGACCCAUCACUACUCUAUAGAGUGGAGACAAUGCCCGGUUUGGGUUGGCUUCUCAGCCGACGACUAUAUAAGCAACAACUGGAACAGAGUUGGCCCACACCUGAGAAACUAUGGGAUUGGGAUAUGUGGAUGAGAUUACCGGACAUUAGACGCAAACGCGAGUGCAUUGUUCCCGACGUCUCGCGAACCUAUCAUUUCGGUUCCUCCGGUCUUAACAUGAAUUCAUAUUUUCAAGACAUUUACUUUAAGAAACACGCCUUCAAUACAAUGCCUGACAUUCAGCUGAAAGACAUUGACAGUGUUAAGAAAGACAAUUAUGAGCGACAAAUACACGGACUGUUGCGGAGGGCCAUAGUUGUGGACCACUCGAAGAGUCCGUGCGAACACAACUUCAUUCCGGACACCAAAGGCCAGAUAUAUGUGGUGUUCAUCAAAAUGGUUGCGCCCAAAGACUACUCCACGUGGCUAUCGGUUGCCAAAUGUUUCAAGAUAUGGGAUUUGGACCCUCGAGGGUAUCACAACUCGAUGUGGAGGUUCUUCUAUAAGCAGAAUCAGGUGCUUGUGGUGGGCGUACCCAACAGUCCCUACUCUUCCUUCAAACCAUCACACGUGACGCCAAUCUAUUUGGAGGACAAGAAGAUAGACGUGAAUCGAUUGAAAUGAACAUCAAAUUAGUUAUAAAUACUUUCGUUGUUAAAAUAAUUGUUACAAAAAAAAGAGUUUCACUGUAUAUUAGACAACAUCUGCCAAACAGUUUUGUAUGAAUAUUGAUAAGCAUUUUGUUAUGAGAUUUAGGAGUGAAUGCAAUGAUUAGAUUAAGGCAUAUAUCAAAUGCCAAUGAAAUCAAUAAUGUUUGGGACAAACGGUAUUGGCUUUCGAAACGAAGAAAACAUUUUGUGCCAAACAUAUUGUCUAAUAUAUGGACAGCACUAACAGCUUAAGUCCCAAUCAAAUCAAUGACUUAAUUGUGCUGAUUAUUGAUGGC